AUGUCGUUGAUUUAUGAUCAGAAACAGGGGUAUGUGUUGUUGCUAAUGAUGAUUUCAUCACCCAACUACAACGACUUGUGUGAUAGGACUAGGGUUAGGGUUCUUGAAGUUGUUAAAGGAGAUGAAAGGUGUCGUCAGAUCUUUGGGGAGGAAACGGGUGGGACGGGAAGAAACGUGUGGGACGGGUUCAGUGGGGAUCACGUUCCUCAUAAUGGUGAAAGUAUCUCUCUUCUUCCUUCCGACACAAACGCACCACCACCUGAAAGCCCUCUUGUCUCCAACACCAUCUCCAAUUUACACUGGAAACGAUGUACAUCUCUUCCAGUUAAACAAGCAUCAUCAAACCCUUCCCCUUCAGCCACCACUCCCAUUGGGGAGAUUCAAGCUUCGGUUUCAAGGUCGCUUUCUGUACCUGGGCGAAACAUUGUUAUCGUAAGAUCAAUUUCUUUUGCAGCACGUAAGGAUAAUGAUCAAGUCGAGAGUGCUACUGGUUCUAUUGAAGCGGAGAACGAUGAAGAGAUUGAUGAGGAAGAAGCGAUUUGCAAAAUCUGCUUUGAUUCAUGCGAUGAAGGUUCAAUUUCUGAAUUGGCGUUUGGCAAAAAUCGCAACAUUCUAGGAGAUAACAGUGAGACCAUAUUAGAGGGUAGAUUAGACUUUAGAGCUUUGAUAUUAUAA